GGGUGGGGACAAGCCAGGGUGGGCCCACGCGCUCUCCUCCCCUGCAUUUCCUUUUUCUAUUUUUCCCCUCCUGUGUCGUGUGUCAACAGAGCUCUUCAACCGGUUCAAGAGGCACCCAACGCACAGUGACACGCACACCCCACCCACAGCCCAAGUUGGCGACUCCAAUCUAAAAGCUAACUAGAAAGAUCGAAAGACGCCCACAACAACUUUCGCUUUCUUUCCUCUGAAAACAGUAGCUUUUUCUGUUUACUCCCUCUCAAUAGCUUCACCUCCUCCUCUUCCCCGCUCCUCAGUCCUCCCCUUGUUCUUCUUCAACUCCUCCUUCAGAAUGGAUUGCUGGGCUCCUUCUCUCAACGUCGAGGAGGAAUUUAACAAGCUUGUGAUUCGAAUGAACCCGCCCAGGGUUUCUGUUGAUAAUACCUCAAGCAGGAAAGCCACACUGAUUCAGGUUCAUAGUGCAAAUAGGCGCGGCAGUUUGUUAGAGGUGGUCCAGGUUCUUACUGAUUUAAAUCUUAUCAUUAAAAGGGCUUACAUUUCUUCAGACGGAGAGUGGUUCAUGGAUGUAUUCCAUGUUACAGAUCAACAUGGCAAUAAGCUGUCCAAAGAUGAUGUUGCUGAACGCAUUCAACAGUCAUUGGGACCAAGAGCAUGGAGUUUCCGUUCCUUGAGAAGGUCUGUGGGUGUUCAAGCUGCCACAGAACACACAGCUAUUGAACUAACUGGAAUUGACCGGCCAGGUCUCCUUUCAGAGGUUUUCGCUGUUCUUACGGACCUCAAGUGUAAUGUGGUAGGUGCAGAAGUCUGGACCCAUAAUUCAAGAAUGGCAUCUGUUGUAUAUAUCACAGAUGAGGCAGGUGGGUUGCCAAUCAACGAUUCUGAUCGGCUUGCUAAGAUCAAACAGCUUCUCAUCUAUGUGUUAAAAGGGAAUAGAGAUAGGCGGAGUGCCAAUACUGUGGUUUCGCUGGGUUCCACACAUACUGAAAGGAGGUUGCAUCAGAUGAUGUAUGCUGAUAGGGAUUACGAUGUGGAUGCCUUAAAUUGUGGGUCCUCGAGUGAACGGAGCAAGCCUCUUAUAACUGUAGAGAAUUGUGCAGAUAAGAGAUAUACCGUAGUGAACUUGAGGUGCCAAGAUCGUCCAAAGCUACUCUUUGAUACAGUUUGUACAUUGACUGAUAUGCAGUACGUGGUAUUUCAUGCCACUGUCAUUGCUGAAGGACCAGAAGCUUAUCAGGAAUAUUAUAUAAGGCAUAUGGAUGGGUUACCUAUUAGCUCUGAAGCAGAGACUCAAAGGUUAAUCCAUUGCCUGGAGGCUGCUGUUAAGAGGCGAAAUUCCGAGGGUAUUAGACUUGAACUUUGUUGCGACGACAGGAUUGGGCUUCUAUCUGAUGUUACUCGCAUAUUUAGAGAAAAUGGUCUUUCUGUGACUCGGGCCGAGGUAACAACCCGGGGUUCCCAAGCUACGAAUGCCUUCUAUGUAACUGAUGUAACGGGGGAUCCCGUUAAGAGUGAAACAAUUGAGGCAGUGCGAAAAGAGAUUGGUCUGACAAUACUUCGGGUGAAGGAUGAUGGCUACUCCAAGUCUCCUCCCCAGGACAGUGGAAAAUUCUCUUUGAGCAGCCUCUUCCGCUCAAGAUCAGAGAAGUUCCUCUACAACUUGGGAUUGAUAAAGUCAUAUUCUUAAGAUGCUUGUUUGGGGCUGUUCAGUCCCUAUAAAUGUUAAUAACAUCAAUAGGUCCAAUUGUAGAUUGUGCUUCAGAGUUAUAAUGCAAGGUUUCGGAUCAACGACAGGUUGAUCGUGGCUUAGCCUCCAAACCUUCAAUCUGAUUUUAACAAUGUACAGCUUCAUGUAAAAACAUUGUAAAUAUGCAUUUUAUAGUUCUCUUAGAGCA